GUGCGCAGCUGCGGGAGGGUGAAUUGCCUGAAUCAGCCCACUGGGACGAGCUUCGCCGCUAAUGUGGAGGGCAUCGACCGCGGCUGCCGAGCUUGAGCUUUUGCGGAGCACAGUUGUGAUGGAGCCCGGCUUCGAAGGGUACCCACCGUGGCAAACGGGAGACGUUAUCCUCGAUAGCGUCGCCGAAGCGUCCCUCGCCGAGUUGAGAAGACUAUUGGAAGGUGAACCGGUGGUCAAUGCGCCCACUAACUCGACCGACUUGCUGCGCUUCCUGCGGUUUUGCAAAUACGACGCCCGUGAGGCGCUGGUUGUUCUCAAGAGAUACUGCGCAAUCAGGAGCUCUGCACCGAAGCUCUUCGAAGGACUAAAGGAACCUGAAAAGCUGCGAGAAGUAGCCCAGGAUAUCUUCACGAUACUGCCGCAAAGGAAUAUUCACGGCAAGCCAAUUAUGUUCAGCAGAUUUGGAAAAUGGAACCCACACGAGAUGAGCAUCCUGCAGCUAUACCAAGCGAUGAUAUUCUGCCUCGAGCACUUGUCAAUGUGCCCCGAAGCUCAGACACUGGGAGUUUCCAUGGUGAACGACUUCGAAGGCUAUUCCUUAGUGAGCGUGCGGCAUAUCGAGCUCGGCCUCACCAAAAAUCUACUGCAUUACAUGCAGAAAUGUGUGCCCAUUCUAACAAACGAAGCUCACAUUCUCAGGGAGCCCGCAGCCUUUGAUGUAGCGUUCAAGCUUGUGAGACCAUUCCUGGAGGAGGAAAAGAUCAAAGCGGUUCGCUUCCACGGUAAGCACUUGGAGCGGCUUCAGAACGAUAUUCGUGCGAGCGCUCUUCCCAAGGAGUUCCGAGGCACGGCCCCCGACACCGACUGGAACGUGUUCUGGAAGAACGUAUGUCUGGAUAGCAAGGCGGACAGCGGUUAGCUGAUGCGUCAAGCUCGAGAUUAGCACCACGGACUCUCGAGCUGCGUGCGAAACACUUGGCACCCCCUGGUGGAAGAGUAUAGGGGUUUACCUUCGUUUUGUGUUAAUCGCCAGUUCGUACUUUCGAGUACAUUUACUCUGCAUGGUGUACGUGUGUGUGAAUAUGUGCGACUUUUCCGCCUCUUCUAUUUGAUCGUACCGUGAUCCAAUCGCAGAAGCCGAGAUUCGUUCAUAUGCAAAUGUGCUCAUGGCUUAAAUCUUAAGUAAUGUGGAACAUCAUGAGUUGAGCGUGAACGGCAGUGGCAUUGGUUUAUGGAGUGCGGUCCAUUCGCAGUUACCGGGAGAUCUGAGGUAAAACAAAGCACACGUUUAGAGCCGAGUAUAUUCGAGUGUGCUGACUUACCUUGAAAGCUGCAUUGUGGCUGUCGUAAUAUUUUACAUUUAAUAAAUAAGCAGAAGUACUUGUGUUUACAUAGGCAACUGUAUACGUUCAUCUUCUGUGGCUUCCUUGUGUUAAAGCUGACUGGCGGUUAUUGUGAUAUAUUUGUGGCUCAUUUUGUUACAAAUAUUGUGAUAUUUCUCCUCUUUUUCUGCCACGCGACGACAAGUAGCCGGUGCCACUUAGAGGCGCCAACUUCUUAUAUUAAAUCAUGUAAAAAAUACAUAUAGAGUAAAAAUUUUAGCCGUAGUUGUGCAACCAAGGAAGUGUUCGCGCGAAUGUGCGCGAAGUCUUCGUACUUCGUUCAUCCCAGGCACGGUUCUCUGCAUAGACACGGUAGACCUCCUUUGUGGUUUUGAACUGUUCCCCCACCUGUUCUUGCUGACUGCAAUAAACUAAUUUCCAUUGUUUUAUAUUAUUUUCAUGCUGCACGAGUUAGGGCCUUGAUCUAUUUAAUGCCCGGGUGGGCGUAUCCAGAGUUCCUACGCAUUGCUACACUGCAAGGCACAUUAUAUUAUCCAAAAAAAGUGAAGCCGUGUGCGGCGCAUGCAAAUGUGUAGAUUCCUCGUAAAGUUCUCACAUUGGUUAUAUAUACAUAUAUAUAAAGAUUUACUCAGAAAGGAAACUGACGCACUACAGAAAUAUGAUUAUGCGUACUCAAGAACGAAAACUGGGUCGUCAUUUUUAAGAAUAGUGGUCUAUCUGGCGGUUAAUGAGGGCAGUGCUGCUAGUCAGCAAUGAUCAAUCUUAGGGGUUCGACAGCAACACGAAUGCGCAGUACACACGUAUACCGAGGCAUAUCGAAAUAGGUCGCGCAGCUUGGAAUGAAAAGCAUGCCAACACCUACCACCAAAGGUAUCAGUUAGUGGCGCACGAUUGAAGCGCGACCAGGUGACGGGGGGGACAAACACUGAAACUAUGUGAAAAGAACCAUUCGAAAAUUUUCAAUCAAAACGCUGUCACACGAGUAAAUAUUCUGUUUCAAAUAUUUUUGCUGUACUAAUAGAACAAAUGCACCCGCUGUGCUUGCUCAGUGGCAAUGGUGUUGGGCCGCUGAGCACGAGGGCGCGGGAUCGAAUCCCGACCACGGCGUGCGCAUUUCGAUAUGGGCGAAAUGCGAAAACACCCGUGCAUUCAGAUUUAGUUGCCCGUUAAAGAACCCCAGGUGGUCGAAAUUUCCGGAGUCCUCCACUACGGCCUGCCUCAUAAUCAGAAAGUGGUUUUGGCACGUAAAACCCCAUAAAUUUUAAAACAACAAAUGUUAAUUUUUUUUUCGAUUUCACAAUUUAUUAGGUCGUUCUUGCUGACACCUUCCAACCGGUGAUUCUGGCGCAAGAUUUGGAGAGACUGUGCAAUCCAGCUAUUAUGUCGUGCGGAAUGGCGUUGCUCACUUUAACGCGGUGGUUUCAUCCGAGUCUUCUUUUAUUUCCUUUGCGUGUUUGUUCAAACUGUGGCGUGCGUUUUGCUUCAAAUUUUGCGUGACCUAGCGCACGGAAUUCAUUGGCGAAAGGUGUGAGUGGUGGAUUUUUGUUAUUGUGCAAUUUCACGUUGCGGCAUUCGACGCGCUGUGUCUGGACGUGACGAUAAAUGCGUAACGCUCCGCGAAGAAACGUCGCGUUGCGUUUGUUCACUCUCUGUAACACAGGCUCUGAGUGUCCGACGAGCAGCAAAAAUUAGUAAGUCGAAUGUUUUGUAAAUUAUAAUGUGGGGCAAUGUUGUCUUGUCUGAUAACUGUUGGACGUGAAUACAUGGUGUCGCGCGAAAUUACGAAUGGUUCUGUGAAAAAGGUUUCGCAUAUGUUGCUAUACACUGCGACUGUGUGCGCAGUCCAUACUACUUUUAAUCGAUUGAAACAUGUUUAGUCGGGUCAG